CUCGCCGGUACCUUCCCGUGAUUUCUCUUCUUACAAAUCUAUCUUCUCAUACCGCUUCCUUUUGUUUACAUCUCUGCCCUUUCGCCGUAGAAGCUCGUCUCUCUAGCUCUAGGCAUGGCUAUGGCUCUUCCGCUCGGGAAACUUACCGUCCUCAUCGGUGCAGGACUUGUUGGGUCUGUGCUUGCUAAAGACGGGAGCUUACCAGUUGUCUCGAGCCUGGUCUCUGGUGCUUUUAAGCUUGUAUUUAAUCAACUGAAGCAAGAAGAGCCUAGCAAGUCUCGCAAUGAUACAGCACUUGUAGCUCAGGUUAACAGUCUUCGGCAUGAGUUGCAGCUGCUAGCUUCAAACAGGCCUAUCACUAUUGUUACGACACAAGGAUCAGGUAGAACGUAUGGUGUCAUCAUUAUCAUUGGGGUGAUAGGCUAUGGAUAUGUGUGGUGGAAGGGAUGGAAGCUUCCAGAUUUUAUGUUUGCCACAAGGCGCAGCUUAUCAGAUGCUUGUGAUAAUGUUGGCAACCAGAUCGAUGGUUUUUACUCAACACUCUCGGUUACAAAACGAGAGUUAGGUUCAGAAAUUGACAGGAUGGAAUGUACUUUGGAUGCAAGUUCAGUAAUUAUUAAAGAAACUGGAAGAGAAGUGAAUGAAUUACGGGAUGGAACAGCAAAUAUGAAGGAUGAAGUUAGGUCUGUUUUCGAGGCUGUUGAAACUCUGGUGAGUAAAUUUUUAAUGAUUUCAUAUAUGUUAAAACCAGAUCUCACGCUUAAAGGAGUUGGAGCUCUGCAUGCUCAGUGUCGGGAGCACAAAAGAAUUCAAGAAUCCAAUAAGCCUUUGCUAUCAACUUCAUUAUUGCCAGCUAUAGAGGCAGCUCCUUUGACACAUUCUUCCAGUGAGACUCUGUCUUUGCCUCCUGCUUCACCCCGUGAAUCCCAGUCGCCGUCAACCCCUAAUGGAGCUCAACAGGCACAUGGUCCGCUUCAGCACACCCAAUCUCUGUCUGGUUUGAAGGAUAUAAGUGAAAGCUCGAGCAGCCUCGAGACUCUUUCAAAUGGAAGAUAUUCAGGGAAAGCCAAGGGGAAAUCAGGCUCGAGUUCGGGACUGCUUGGUAGGUUCUCAGUGCCGAGAAUAGUGAGGACUGUUAGUGCGGUCAACACAGUGCCAACUAACUGA